CAUUUUGUGUCUAUCUUCAAUAUUAUUAUUUGUUGGAGAUACGUUUGUGACGUCCACUGCAUAGUUUUGCGAAAUAUUCUCUUUCCCUUCUGUCUAUCUAUUUCGGAAUGCCUGUGCAUCAUAAUCGCUCAUGGUUUCUUCCUGUAAUGUUCUGUGACAUAAAACUCAUGUUCUAUAACUGUCCUAAUAACUAUUAACCCGCACGUUAUACACCGCGGUGGGCUGUACUGCCUUGUUGCCGUAUUGUUUUGAAUGAAUUUUACUUUUGUAGCCAAAUCGUAAACUUCGAAGAAAACUUUAACAUUUCCGAUUGAAACCGAUCUAUCAGUGAAAGGAAGUGCCUGUUAAACAUAAGUAUAUGUUCUGAGCAGCAAAACGCAUCAAAAUGUCUUUCAAAGUUCAAAUCCACCCUUCACCCACAAGUGUCUCUGGUAGGAAGAAGAGUUUUGACAUCAAUAUGUACAAAAGCAUGCGGAAAGACUUUUUGUUCCAUGGCUACGUUAAAAGGCUUUUGAAGAAAUCGCUUUUCAAAUGGACCAUCUUCACCACGAUUACUGCAAAUUCACUAUUGCUGGCCCUUGGGACCAAUUACAAAAUGGAGUACAAGUUUUUUAAUUUCUUUAAUGUGGCGGAACAGUUGUUCUUGGCAAUUUAUACCGUGGAGUUCAUCGCGAAGAUGUACGUUGAUCCAAUUAAAUACUGGAGAUCUGGAUUCAAUGUAUUUGACUUCAUCGUGCUGUUGUUAUCUUACAUCCAGCGCUUCUUUCUCAUAAGAAAUUCACGCGUCAUGUCCUGGUUUCAUAUAGUGCGGCCACUUAGGAUUCUCAGGGCCAUCUCACUUAUCCGUGGUUUGCAGGUCUUGUUUGGUGCCUUGGUGAGAACGCUCAGAAAUGUCGUCUUCGUCCUGUUCCUCCUCUUCUUGUUGAUGACAGUUUUUGCGCUGAUUGGAUACAACUUCUAUGGGGAUGCAAAACACGGUGACUUUGAAAACUGGGGUAGCCUUAAAUCAGCGUAUUUCACACUCUUCAGCUUAGUGACGUUGGAUGGCUGGACUGAUCUUCGAGCUCAAACGGAUGCCCGCGGUUACAAAUCCAUUCAACUUUUCAUCACGGGAUUCAUUUUGCUGGGAUGCUUCCUCUUCUUCAACCUCUUCGUUGGAGUGAUCAUCAUCAAUAUCCGGGUAGGUUUGUCUUCCAUCUUCACCGUUCCUCAGCUAAAGCCUGCCCGAGAAGACUGUUACAAUAAAUUACAUCUUCAUUUCCAGGAAACAACUAGGGAGUUCAACAAAGGGAUCCAAGCUGAAAGAGAAACAACAUUGAUGGAGAAGAAACAAGCUAUAAUCCAAAGGCAGCAAGCUCAUAUCAUAGACAUAAUGGAUAGACAGAAAACCAGCCAGUUUGAAAGCUUCUCCGAAAUGAUUGAGAAGUUCAAACAAACACUUCGUCACGAUGAUUUUGUGAUGCUGGAUGAUCUGUGUUCGAGUGUGUCGUUCAUAGAUAUUUACCUUGCGAGUCUUGACGAACAGGACAAUACACUGUACAAAUUACAACAACUUUACUUUGAAAUAUCGUAUGUUCUGGGGAACAUGUUGCAAGCUGAAAGGAAGGAUGAUCCAGGUGCAUCUACAAUGGAAAUGAAAUGAAAAAGAAGACACUUAUUGUUACACUAUUUAAUAUGGAGUUCAAAAGACUAAUAAAAGCACAACAAUAUCAAGUUGUUGACAUUCUCCCAAAUUGUCUCCCCAAAGGAUAUUAGU